AUGACUCUGCACGUCAAGGGCAUCAUUCUGUACACCGAAGACGGGUACAUGUCGGCGCAACUGCACAUUUCCGGCCAGAGACCGUUUGAGGGCGAACAACCCUUUGAUCGAACUGUCGGACGCAGUUACAUUGCCUACACGGGGGAAUUUUACAUCGACGUCGACAGAGAACAGCCCGUCAUCAAGCACUACAUGCGCUACGCCAGUCUGCCGUACAUGGUGACGGAUGUUCAAGAGAGAACCUUUCGGUUUGAGGAUAGGAUUGACGGGAAUAGGUAUUUGGUGCUCGGGCUCCCAGAAACCCAUCAAGGUGCGAGGCGAAUCCAGGCAAGUUUUCGUGCUCUGGAAGCGUCUGCCAUUCAACGAGCGAAGUGA